ACCUUCUCGAGCAAAAUUACACGCCUGGCGAUGGCCAAAUGCGACUGUGCAUUAAUUGUGAAGAAGUCUUUCAGGUGCCUCGAGGAUCUUCAAGUACCCGAUGUCCUAGUUGGAGGUGUAGAUGGGAAUACGACGAAAACGGUCAAUAUUCUCACUGGCAUGAAUACAAGAGGCCAUUAG